AUGGAAUGUGUAUCACUUGUAUGCAAACAAGUUGCUUUAGCACUAGUAGCACAAAGAGCACAGUGGAUUAAAAUGCCACAAAGUGAUGUGGAGCAGAACCAUGUGAUUGCAGGUUUUUAUUCAGUAUGUGGAUUUAGACAAUUGAUACGGGCUAUUGAUUGCACACAUAUUCGAAUCCUGAAAGUCAGUGUAAAUAUCGGCCAAUAUUACAUAAAUAGGAAAGGAUACAGUUCAAUAAAUGUACAAGUUAUGUCAAAUGCUAACUUAGAGAUCAUGGAUAAAGUGACACAUUGGCGAGGCAGUAUAAUCUUUAGUGAAAGUUGCAUAAAACAAAGGAUUGAGCAGUCAGAAUUUAAAGAAUACACAAAAGGAAGAAAAGUACAACCGGUCACACCUCAGGACCCGAAACACUGUAGAACAAUGCUUUGGAUUGUGGAAGCAAAGGUUUCGGUGUUUACAGGACUUAUUACAAAAUUAGUGAAUACAAAACUAUAUAUUGUUGCAUUGGCAAUACUGCACAACAUUGCAAUGCACAAGAAAGAUCUGCUUGAGGAUGCAAUUGAAGAUGAUGGAAAUGUUCCAGUCACAGAAUUAGAAAAUAACUCCCUAAGAAGAAAUUCAGUACGGGCAGCAUUUAUCAAUGAAAAUUUUUAA